GUUACGUAGAUUGGCGGAAGUUUUUUUGGGGUUUCUGUGUGUGACUGUUGGGUGUGAGCGCGGUCUAUUGAAAUUCCUGAGAAAUUGUGUUUCUUUCUCUUUUGUGUGAGGUGUGUGGACUGUUAAGAUCGACAGUUUGAGAGCAGAGGAGUUGUCAUGGCUUCACCUGCUCUACAACAGCCCAGUUAUCUCCUGUCCAAUCUUAAGGCAGACUGGAGCAAUAAACCUUUUCAACAAAGAUGUCAUGAGUUGGUCAAAAUAAUAGAUGAUUACCCAGCUAAGGAGCUGCAUGCGAUCUUUCCCUGGCUGGUGGAAAGUGUAUUCGGGAGCCCGGAUGGAAUCCUUUCUGGCUGGAACCUUCGAUUUUUGCAGGCCCGCUCAAAUGAGUACAACAUUGUCAUGGACAUCCUGCACCCAAGUGGUUCUAUGAUGAAAUUAGUAUACAAACUACAAGCUGAGGAGUACAAGUAUGAGUUUCCAGUCAACUUUCUGCCUGGCCCUAUAAAGUCAUCCAUUCAGACAGGAGUUCUGCCGGAUUGCCCUCUGUUUCAUAAUAAGAUCCAGUUCCCCAUGUCAGGCCUUCUAUUACUCAAUCCUUUUGAAUACUACAUGUUCAACUUUGCCUCCAGUCUCAUUGCACCAAAGAACUACCCUCCAGGGCAGCAUGGGAGUUGUUCAGAGAGCGCAUACUUUGUGCUUGUUGACACCUACUUAAAGUACUUCCUCCCAACAGAAGGCAAUGUGCCUCCAUCCCCUUUCUCAGACAACAGGGGCUCAGUGGCUGCUCCUGCUCCAAGAUCUCCCAAUGUGCCUUAUGUUGGAUAUGGUGGUCACAGCACUAGUCUUUUGAAGCGUCAUAUUACCCAUCAACCCUCGGUCAAUGCUGACCCCACUGCCCAAGAGAUCUGGAGGUCAGAGACCCUUCUACAGGUGUUUGUGGAAAUGUGGCUCCAUCACUAUUCUCUGGAGAUGUAUCAGAAGCUACAGUCUCCUCAGGUGAAGCUGGCGUUGCUGCAGUACCGCCUCAGUAUGUCCAGCAUGCUGUGCCAACCCCCCGCCCCACCAGGCUCUGGGACCCUCCACACGUACCAAGAGCCCUACCUGCCCUCAGAAGAGCACGUCCUUGUUGUGCGACUUUUGGUCAAACAUCUACAUGGCUUCUCCAACAGCCUGAAGCAGGAAUCGACACCCUCCUCGCCCUCUGCUCACUCCCACAGCAGCCCCCUGGAAGAGCUCAAACGUGUGGUGGUGCAGAGGUUUGUCCAGCAGAAGCUGUACGUCUUCCUACAACAUUGCUUCGGUCACUGGCCUUUGGACGCGUCAUUCAGAGCGGUUUUAGAGACUUGGCUGAGUUAUAUUCAACCAUGGAGAUAUACUGGAGAAAAAAACAAUGCCCAAGCAGAUGGCCAGAACAGAACCGUUCCUGAUAAAUGGGCGUCAUUUGUGCAGGAGAAUCUUCUAAUGUAUACAAAGCUUUUCCAGAGCUUUUUAAAUCGAGCCAUGCGCACAGACUUGGUCAAUGCCAAAAAUGCCUUGAUGGUCUUCAGAGUUGCCAAAGUCUUUGCUCAGCCAAACCUAGCAGACAUGAUCCAGAAAGGAGAACAGCUGUUCUUGGAGCCAGAACAUGCCAUCCUGCAGCGGCAGAACCGUGUCUUCCUGACACCUUCGCAUGGGGGAAGCUUCCUCUCGUCCCGCCAGCCAAUAGGGACGGACAGCGUCUUCAAAGUCAAAAGUCACGUGUACAGCCUGGAGGGGCAAGAUUGCCAGUACAAGCUGAUGUUUGGUCCUGAUUUACGUCAAACGGUCUUAAAAUUGAUCCAGAUUAUCGCCCAAGCCCGACAGACAGCUAAACGAAUAUCGGAUCACUCUACGGAGAUGGCUGGUAGUAACUCUUUUCUCUCAUGGUUUGGCGUUGGCUCCUCUGAUCUUAAUAAUACUUUUAACGGAGGAGAGAUGGAUGAUAUGGCAGAGGGUGUGAAAAAGACUCACGAAUUCUUGGACAAAGCCUUGGACUACCUUUGUCAGAUAUUCCGGUUAAAUGCAGGACAGCUGUCUCAGUUGAUGGUUAAUCUGGCAUCCGCAGAAAAUGACGGGGGGUCUAAACAACUUCCAGACUGCAUUCCGGGUGAGAACGGCCUUGUAUUAACAGAACGGGGCAGGUUGCAGAUCAUCAAUGGCCUUCGCAGAUUUGAAAUUGAAUAUCAAGGAGAUCCAGAGCUCCAGCCUAUUAGGAGCUAUGAAAAUGCUUUUUUGGUUCGACUGCUGUUCCAAAUCUCUUCUUUUAUCAACGCAAGGUUAGGAGACCACAUGGAGGCACUGUGCUCUCGACAGGAUUUCCUGGGCAGAGUGGGACGACACUACUUGAUGAGUUCCUCUGUCAUGGUGGAGCAGCGGCGUAAGAACCCGGUGAUGCGUCAGAUGAGAGAUUGUCAGCAGCGUGUCCGUCUCAGCCUGCGGGGCCUGGCCAGCUAUCGCACCCUUUUCUUACUGCUCCUGCUCUACAUGCUGUUGGCUCUCCUCUGCUUUGGGGUUCUGUCUAGCACUGGACUCAUUCUUGUUGUCUGCUUCCUCUAUGAGGUCUUGUUGAAUUUCCUCACGAAAAAACUAAAGACUCAGUAGUUGAAGAACCAAGUGUUUCGCUGCCAUUUUAUUGGAUUGUGUUUCUUAUGUUUCAUGCAUUUUUUUAUUUCUUUGUGAAAUGAGUUUACUGUUUUUAAACAGUAUUUACACUGCUUGUGUGUCGGGACUUUUUAACUGACAAAAUCCAGCAGGGACUUAAAAACAAAGAUUAGAUUAUUAAAUGCAAAUUGUUUGAGUAUAUUGAAGUAUAUUUUGAGACACCUGAGGUGGUAAGAUCCAGUUUGUACAAUUAUAGUGUUAUUUUUCCAGUGUAACCAAGAAUAGUCCACAGUUUGCACUUAACGUUCCCUGACUGCAUUUCAUUAAAAAGACUUGAUGAAUGUG